GAGGCUGCAAGCAGCCACAGUGCCCUGCUCAGAAGCCCCGGGCUCGUCAGUCAAGCCGGCUCUUGGUUGGCACUCGGCAGCACGGGCAGGCGAGUGGCUCCUGGUUCCAGGAGCCGAGCAGCAGCGUCCCAGUCCUGGUCCCCCAGCCCCAAGCCUUGCCUGCCUGCCCAGCGCCAGGAUGGCCACCAUCACCUGCACCCGCUUCACAGAAGAGUACCAGCUCUUUGAGGAACUGGGAAAGGGCGCCUUCUCUGUGGUGCGCAGGUGUGUGAAGGUGCUGGCUGGCCAGGAGUAUGCUGCCAAGAUCAUCAACACCAAGAAGCUCUCGGCUAGAGACCAUCAGAAGCUGGAGCGUGAAGCCCGCAUCUGCCGCCUGCUGAAGCACCCCAACAUCGUCCGACUCCAUGACAGCAUCUCUGAGGAGGGACAUCAUUACCUGAUCUUUGACCUGGUCACUGGCGGGGAGCUGUUUGAAGACAUUGUGGCCCGGGAGUAUUACAGUGAGGCCGAUGCCAGCCACUGUAUCCAGCAGAUCCUGGAGGCCGUGCUGCACUGCCACCAGAUGGGCGUGGUGCACCGGGACCUGAAGCCGGAGAAUCUGUUGCUGGCCUCCAAGCUCAAAGGCGCUGCGGUGAAGCUGGCCGACUUUGGCCUGGCCAUAGAGGUGGAGGGGGAGCAGCAGGCGUGGUUUGGGUUCGCAGGGACGCCCGGAUACCUCUCCCCAGAAGUGCUGCGGAAGGACCCGUAUGGAAAGCCUGUGGACCUGUGGGCCUGUGGGGUCAUCCUGUACAUCCUGCUGGUUGGAUACCCCCCUUUCUGGGAUGAGGACCAGCACCGCCUGUACCAGCAGAUCAAGGCUGGCGCCUAUGAUUUCCCAUCACCAGAAUGGGACACUGUCACGCCAGAAGCCAAGGACCUGAUCAAUAAGAUGCUGACUAUCAACCCAUCCAAACGCAUCACGGCUGCUGAGGCCCUCAAGCACCCCUGGAUCUCGCACCGGUCCACCGUGGCCUCCUGCAUGCACAGACAGGAGACCGUGGACUGCCUGAAGAAGUUCAACGCCAGGAGAAAACUGAAGGGAGCCAUCCUCACCACCAUGCUGGCCACCAGGAACUUCUCUGGAGGGAAGAGUGGAGGAAACAAGAAGAACGAUGGCGUGAAGAAAAGAAAGUCCAGUUCCAGCGUUCAGUUAAUGGAAUCUUCAGAGAGCACCAACACCACCAUCGAGGAUGAAGACACCAAAGUGCGGAAACAGGAAAUUAUAAAAGUGACAGAGCAGCUGAUUGAAGCCAUAAGCAAUGGAGAUUUUGAGUCCUACACGAAAAUGUGCGACCCAGGGAUGACAGCCUUCGAACCCGAGGCUCUGGGGAACCUGGUUGAGGGCCUGGACUUCCAUCGAUUCUAUUUUGAAAACCUCUGGUCCCGGAACAGCAAGCCGGUGCACACCACCAUCCUGAACCCCCACAUCCACCUGAUGGGCGACGAGUCGGCCUGCAUCGCCUACAUCCGCAUCACGCAGUACCUGGACGCGGGUGGCAUCCCCCGCACAGCCCAGUCGGAGGAGACCCGCAUCUGGCACCGCCGAGACGGCAAAUGGCAGAUCGUCCACUUCCACAGAUCUGGGGCGCCCUCCGUCCUGCCGCAUUGAAGGACCAGGCCCGGGGUCACCGCGUUGCUGAGCCACGGAGACCCUCUCUUCGUCGGUGGAAUGUAGCUGCUGGUUCCCCCACGUGGAUCUUGCUGGAACUCCCCUCGUCACGUCUCACGACCACCACCACCGUCGCCUCCAUGCCUGUGCCAAGAAAACCUGCCUGUUCACAAAAGCCGUCGUAACUCCAAGCAAAUGGCUGCACCCACCCCAGCCCUUCCUCUCACUCCUGCUCUCUCCUCAUCCACAUGUCCUUGAGACUUCCCCUGCAGGGGUGGGGCUUCCUCAGGCCUGGGUGCCCUGACUCAGGGCCCCAAGGACCCCCCACCCCAGCGGUGGUUCCCUGGUCUUGCCUUGUGCUGCAGGCUAGAAUGCCCCAGCCCUGACCUCACCCAGGCUGGAGAGGAGAGACUGAGGACUGUGGCAUCCACCAGCCCCCCCAUCUCUCCUUUGGCGGGGGCCCCCGGGGGAGAGCAAAUGAGCCCCCCAAACCCCCUGAGCUGACCUCCCUGCAGGAGCAGGUGUGAGAGUUCCAGACGACAGGAGCUUCAAGCCUCAAAAUCCUUCCCUAACUCAUCUCGCCUCCUGCCCUACCAGGGAGUUUUUUCUCUUCCUGAACCCUCCCCCUUAGUAUCCUCUCAGGGUACCCCACUCCCCCGCCCCGAUCCUUCCUUCUUUCUUCUGCUGACCUUCAGCACUUAGCCGCUCAUCCCAUGCUUCCUUCAUCUGUGGAGAAUUCCAGCUUCGUUUUAUCCAAGCAGGGGAAUCUGAUCGUUUUCGAGGGCAAAAGAAAGCAACGUUUAGGUGUCACUUCUCCUUGGACCGCAUGCCUUUUUAUAGCCAAACUUCCGUGUAUUUCGUAACUGGAUUUCGCGUUAAUGGAUAUUUAUGUAAUAACUAAACCUCUCAAAUUAUUGUAAGGAGGGUUGGGUUGGGUUGGGAAGCGGGGAUGGUAAGAGGGGUGAAGGGUAGUUUUUUUUUUUCUGUUCUAGAAAUCCUUUCUUGUUUUCUGUCAUCUCUGAGGUAGACUUGGUCCCCUGUGGAUAUCCCGGGCUGAGGGGGACUCAGCCCCAGGGGGAAGGGCCUCUCUGACAUCUUGGUCCCAAGGUCAGCUGACGGGGCUGCCUAUGGGGGCUGCGGAAGCUUCCAGUCUGUGCUGGUUAACAGCGAGUCAGGGCAGAGAGUGCGUGCGCAGGACGGAGAUAUCUGUGCUUUCUUCCCUCCUGGGAUCCUAACUACCAAGUUUCCCAGGGCUUCAUCUCACCACCACACCUGUUUGCCUCCCCUGGCCCCUCCCACUUCCAGGGACCAUGAAGCAUGUGUCUUCAUUGCCCUCUCCCCUUGGCAUCUGACAGCCAAAGCAAAGCACCGGGAAUCUCUCUCUCCAGCCUCCUUCUGCAGCCCUGGGUGUGCAUCUCUUUCUCUCUUUCUUUUCUCUUUCCCUCUUCCCCCGGGGACUGACUCUGAAGUGGAAUGCCUUGGCACAUCCACUGCAAUCUACUGUCUGCACUGUUUUCUUUGCAUGACUUUAUAUGCAGUAUGUUGAAAAAAAAUGAAAAGAAGAAAAAACACUCAACAAAACCAAUCUACAUGUUUUUGGGGGAAAAAAAAAGAGGUUGUAUUCUCAGUGUCCGACUCGGAAUUCCAUGUUGCUGCCUCUCUGUGCUUUUGGCCUCUGUGUGGCCGUGUUUCGCCAGCAUGAGAUACUAUCCCCUCUGGAGGAUUUUAGGGGAGAAAGAGCCACAUCCCCAGGGAUUUGGAGGAAGCACUGGUCUCCCUCGAACCUCCGGGGAGUCCUGGGUGUUGGUUGGAGCAGGACAGAUGGGGAUAUUUGACACAGGACUUUCUGAGUUUUCCCUGAUCAUGAGUUGUCUGCUGGGCUCUUUGUCAACUCCUGCUGCCCGGACUGAGGAAGCAAGGGGGCAGGUCAGGCGGGCUGGGUGGGGACUGAAGACCAGGAGACAGGCUGCCCAGGCCUCCUAGUUUCCAAACUGGACCUCUGUCCUUGGCAGAAACCCUGCUGCCCAGGCCCAGGGGUGGGCCCUUGGCCUGCCCUGGGCCCAGAGUGCUUCCCGCUAAGGUCCAGUGAGCUCAGCAUCCCAGCAGCAAAACCACCUGCCUCACGUGGGAGCUCCCAGCUCCCCCAGCCAUCCCUUGCCAAAGGUGAGGUGCGCUCCUCACCAGGGGAUGCUGCAGUUACCAUGGCAGGGUCUGGUCCCCCCUUCUUCAGCCUUAGUUUUCCCAUCAGUUGAAAGGGUGAAAAGUUCCCACCCAGCCUACACUGCAGGGCUGAUGGGGGAUCAAAGGGCACAGUGGUAUGAAGCCCAAACAGCACUGGGAACUUACAGGAUUAGUCGCUGGCUGGCCGCCUGUUUAACUCUGGGCUUGGCCGGUCCACCUGACCUACCCACAGCCCCUCGUUCUCCUCUGGUGCCUGUCAACUGCUCCUCGGCAGUGAACUGCAGGGGAAAAAGCAGUGGUUUGGACGUUAGUGGGCUUCAAUUCCCAGCUCUGACCCAGACUUACUGUGUGACCUUGGGCAAGUCCUUUCCCCUGUCUGGGCCUUAGUUUCUCUCCCAGAGAAAACUGAGCUGGAGGACCCCAAGUUCCUGCCUUUCAUUUGCUGAGAUGCUUCCUGUCCACUGUGUCCCUCUCUUCCUUGUUUUUUCUCCAAGUGCCAGAGAACUGGAGGCAGGUCCCACUCCAGGCUGAGAGGGCCCUACUGCAAAGGCCACCCCUGGGGAUGGGCAGCCACCUGCCUAGACCACAGGGCACCGGGGGUGAUCCUGAGGCAGCAGGCAGGGGAGACUGGCAGAAAAUGCCGGCCAGAGCCCAGCCUCCCAGACAGACUCUGUGCUCCUCCAAAACACCCUUCAGAUGCAAAAAAUCCAAACCCAAGCAAAAACCUAGGCUCAAGCAUGCAAAUGCAUCUACAGGAACAUAUUCUCCCAGGUUUGUGCCCACUGCUGGGCAAAUACUGCCCUGCGGCCUCCUGUCUCCCUUCCAAGGGCGAUCCUUUGGGGGGAUGUGUUUGCCAGUCUCCCCAUGCUGGUUCUUUGUUACUGUUUGUAUGGGGUUUUGUUUCAGUUCUUUUUUUUUUU